CAUCGCGCCGACUGCAGGGACAGCUGACAGGUUUCUGCGCACACUUUACGUCUCAUCUUUCUCUCCUCCUCCCGCUUUCUCUUCCAGCGUCAGCUGUCUUUGCACCAUCUCUUACACUGUCAAUAUCUCGACAAACUGAAAAAUCACUGAAAUGGAUUAUUAACGCGUGCUUGUCAUGGAUCUAUGAAAGUAGGAAUGGAUUCCCGGUAUCUGCUCCUGUCUCUCCUUACGCUCCAAAUCGGUCUUACCGUUACAGCGGAUGGGAAAUUCGGCUGCCUGUUUGAAGAGAGUCUGUGUAAGAAAUAUGAGAUUUGUGUCAAUGAUGGCAUGUUUGGUCAUUGCCAGAUGAUGAUGGUAUCGGAUGUGUACAUGUAUGACAUCACACCGGGAACACUACAGAGGUUCCGCUCACUGCUUCAGAAACUCUCACUCCGAGACUUGUCAUGGAAAGAUGACGUCACUCAGCAGGUCCUCGCUAAUGAAUUCUCUAAACUACGCAAGAUCUCCCUACCGCCACCUGACUCAAGGCCAGUGGUACAAUCAGUUCCUGUGGGAAAUGGAAGACUGAAAAAGUUGGAGGUGGAGCUUAGCAGGAGUUUGCAGAAGUACCUGCUCAACCUGGGUUUGUUGCCUAAGCAAGGCAGUCAGGUCAGUCAUAUGAAGUCUUCUCUGCCACUGCAGUAUUAUCCUUCUGGGAAAACCCAUAAUAAAGUUGACUCCACCCCUCCAGAGUUCACCCCAGAGUCAACUUAUCAGCAGGCAUCUUACCCUGACCUUACACAUUACCAGAGUGACACAGCAUACAUGCCCCCACAAUGGGAAGCUGUUCCAGACCUCCUUGUUACUGUUCUAAAGCAGUACCUGUCACAGAACAGCCCACUUGAACCUGAACAGGGGGGCAGACAAAAAUUAAACACAAUUCUCCUGAAAGGUGGAUCCUCACAGUCUUCGGGAAGGGACCCCUUGACUCCCAUAGACGAAACCUUCAUUCAGAACGUUCUGCGAAAUGUGGGAAAGCACAAUGUGGAUGUUGAGAACCUGAGUGCAGCAGAUCUCAACAAGCUGGCUGCUCUCAUCGCAGAUGCUCUUCAGUUGGUGGAGCAGCAAGCAGAGCAGGGAUACACACCCCGAGACCUGCAGGAAGACGACCAGCCUGGGGACCAGCAGCGUGGGAAUGAUUCAGGGGACCAAAUUAUUUCAGAUAAAUCAAGACAGCAGAGUGAAGAAACUUCAUCUCUCGAUGAAAGGUUGACAAACCCAUCUGGGGCAGAGAGUCAGACAGGGGAAGAGGAGAGAUCUGUUGCAGACCACACGAAACAAGGAUUGUUGGCUAAGCUGCUGGAGUACCUGGACAAGGCCUCACUAUCAGAGAUUAGGCCUUUUAUGAAGGGGCGGGGCAUAUCCAUAGAGACAGUUCACAGCAGGACAACCCAACGAGAUGUGGGAAUGCAAAAGAAAGCCAUGGAGCAGGUGGAGGAGGUGGAGGGCUGGGUGCAGGCUGCUGCUCUUGCACCUGCUUCUGUACGGGAAGAAGAUACCACAACCCAUCGCAAAAAGAUGAAAGUGCAGGAUCUACAGCUUGAUGUGCAGUCAAACACAAACAGUGAUGUGUAUGGUUACAUCAUUACAGAUGUUGACUCUCUCACCACUGAUCAGGGUGUGCAUCUGAUGGAGCUCGUGUCUCACAAAGCAAAGAUCCAGAUGACUGAUUUCCUUGAGCUCUUUGUUGUUGGUCCAGCUGUGACAUUUCAGGUGCGCCCUAAUGCUCAGAAUGUCACCACAGCUGAUGUCACCAGUGUUGCAGUUCGUCAGAAGGCUGCACUGGAGAAAGAAGCCGGAGUCACCAUAGUGGAGGCAGGAGUCACUGAUAAAUCCAAGCUGAGUGAGAUCCCCACCAAGUACAGCCGCUCGGAGUCUCUGAAGUUCCUGAUCCUGACUGUGAUCUCCAUCGUGUGCAUCAUUGGUGUCCUGCUAAUCUCCACUGUCAUUUAUUGCGUCCGCCAUCGCUCACACCAUAAACUGAAAGAGAAACUCACCAACCUCAGCACAGACCCUGCUACUGAAGCCACAGCUACUUACCAGGAGUUGUGCAGACAACGGAUGGCUGUGAAGCCACAAGUGGAGAGGGCAGAGCCUCGUCACUCGUCUCGCAUAAACAGCGUAUCAUCUCAGCUGAGUGAUGGACCCAUCCCCAGCCCUUCAGCACGCACAAGCAUCUCUUCCUGGAGUGAGGAGCCUGCCCACUCCAACAUGGACAUCUCCACUGGACAUAUGAUACUGUCAUAUAUGGAAGACCACCUGAAGAAUAAGAACCGGUUGGAAAAGGAGUGGGAGGCUCUGUGUGCUUAUCAGGCAGAACCAAACACCUGCAGUAUUGGCCAGAGAGACUCCAACACCAAGAAGAACCGCAUCAGCACAGUCAUCCCCUAUGAUCAUUCUAGAAUCUGUCUAAAAGUGGAGAACAGCCAAGGCAACUCUGAUUACAUCAAUGCCAGCCCUAUUAUGGAUCAUGACCCAAGAAACCCAGCCUACAUUGCAACUCAAGGUCCCUUGCCUUCUACUGUGGCUGACUUUUGGCAGAUGGUGUGGGAGAGUGGAUGUGUUGUGAUCGUCAUGCUGACUCCUCUAACAGAGAGCGGUGUUAAACAGUGUUACCACUACUGGCCAGAUGAAGGCUCUAAUCUCUAUCAUAUAUAUGAGGUGAACUUGGUAUCAGAACAUGUGUGGUGUGAGGAUUUCUUGGUUCGUAGUUUUUACCUGAAGAACAUGCAGACCAAUGAGAGUCGCACAGUCACCCAAUUCCACUAUCACACCUGGCUCAAUCAACACACACCUGAGACCAACCAGGCUCUUCUUGAUUUCCGCAGGAAAGUAAAUAAAUGUUACAGAGGAAGAUCCUGCCCAAUUAUUGUUCACUGCAGUGAUGGGGCUGGUAGGACUGGGACAUACAUACUGAUUGAUAUGGUUCUGAAUAAAAUGGCAAAAGGUGCUAAGGAGAUAGAUAUUGCUGCCACACUGGAGCACCUGAGAGAUCAGAGGCCUGGCAUGGUUCAGACAAAGGAGCAGUUUGAGUUUGCACUGACUGCAGUAGCAGAGGAGGUGAAUGCCAUCCUUAAAGCCCUUCCUCAGUAAAACAUAGAGGAACAAGAGGAAAUAACUUUACCCUUCUCUUUUCCCUUCCAUGUCUCUCUCACUUUCUUUCACCCUCCCACCUCAUCAUGUAUGUCAGUUUUAUCCCUGGUGUUUCACCUAGGCUCAACAACUCUCUCUGUCUCUCUGUCACUUUCUGAGUGUUGUAUAUAAACUUCUCUUUCUGAGCUCUUUCUCUUUUUUGAUGUGUUCUGACUCUGUAGUUCAGGCAAUGUUCUACUGCUCUAAGAUUUCUCUGUUAAAUGUUUGGACUAUAUUAAUCAUAUUGUUUCAGGUCUUUAUACAUAUAUGAAUGUGCAUUUCAAUGCUCCCCCACUUUUAAAACUUUGUAACCCAUUUUACAUUUAAUCGUCAACAAAUGUAAAUUACAGAUGAAUGUUUUGCUGAGAAAAAGAAUAUGAGCUAACUUGCCAACACUGACAAAGGUAAUACUUUAGGAUGUACCUGGCAGAAGCUGUGAAUCUCUCUUUGGAGUGAAAGUCUUUAAAGCAGCAUAAUGAUAUCAUCAUAGCUUAAUGAUUAUCCCAUAGGAUCUGCAUCAUCAAAUUUACUCAAGUUUUUUGAAGAGACAGCUUUAGACAUAUGCAUACAUGAACUGUAACUUUAGGCCAAGGAUAUGACUUUCACCAAGCCAAGGAAACAAUCAUUAAACCAUCAUUUUAAACCUUUGUUUUAUCAGCCAAGCUUGAGUUAAACCUGUCUCCCAAAACUCAAACAUAAAGCAGACCACUCGUGUCAUUUUGUAUCAUAGUAGGUAUAAGGUUUGAUUGACAUUGUGGAGAAAUGUAUUCUGAUGUUGAAUGGGGUUGGCUAGUUUUUUUUUUCUCUGGUGAAAUAUAUUGCACACCUGGUCUUAUAGAGUCAGCCAUUACACCUCUCUUUAACAUUUGUUUCUGAUAAUUGUACAUAAAAGCAAGAAUUCUAACAGAAGCUAUUUUUGCUCCCUCAGAAAAUUAAAUGCUAGUCUUGUGAAUAAAGUUUAAUUGUUUGUGCUGUAUACUGAA